GUACAUAAUACAUAGCAUAUUACAUUGUGCACGUUGCAAUUGUCCUAUAGUGUAGUAAUUUGAGAUAUAGGUGAACAAAAAUAGUUUGAAAUUUCUUAAAAGUUUUUCAGUUUUCUUAAUUUAAACUAAACCCAACAAAUUUUCAAUAAAAUACUUGGAAAAAAUGUCUAAAAAGAAAGGAAAUAAAAAAAAUUUAGAUCUGGAUGAAAAUGAAAUCAUUUCUAAAACAGUUCCACCUAAAGGAAAGAAUGUUAAAAAAGGCAAAAAAGGGAAAGAAGAUGAAUGGAGUGAUGAAGAUGUUAAAAAUAAUAUAGAAGAAGAAAAUACUUUAGAAUCUAACAAAAUUUCAACGUCAAGCAACAAAAAAACUCAAAAAAAGAAAGGUAAACGUAAUGAUAAUUGGGGUGAUGACGACAACGUUGAUCAUAGUGUAACCGAUUUGACAGUUAAGGCUAGUGAUGAAGACGUUAGCAAUCAAAUUUCAUCGAAAAAAACUAAAAACAAGAAGAAAAAAAACAAGGAUGAGGAAUGGUCAGAUGACGAGGUUAAUUUAUUAAAAGCCAGUGAUGAUGAAAUUAGUGUUACAUCAAGCCAACCCGCAAAAAAACAAAAAAAUAAAAAAAAGAAAGGCAAAAAAGAUGAUGACGAUUGGUCGGAUGAUCAAGUCGAAAGCAAAUUUGCUAAUUUAAUUUUAGAAGAAGAUUCUCAAGAUGAUUCUGUAGAGAUAAGCAAAAAAAGUAGCAAGAAGAACAAAAAGAAAGAGAAGAAAAAAGAAACUAGCGAAAUAGAUUCGGAUAUUGCAGAAGACGAAAUUGGUUCAGAAGAUGAGAAAAGUUAUGUGAUAGUUGGCAAAGAAGAAGGUUUUUUAGAAACUGAAAUAGAAAAAGAAAAGGAUGUAGAAAACGAAACAGAAGUAAAAAAGGAAAUAGGGAAAGAAAGUGAAUUAAUCGAACCAAAAGCUAAUAUGAUCGAAAUUCAAAAAGAUGAAAACAUAGAAGAUGCAAUUAUUGAAGCAGAAAGUACAAAUGAAGUAAUCACUCAAACCGAUUUAAAUGAAAUAACUGAACUUGCUGAGGGCAAAGAGAAAAAGCUUACCCAUAAAGAAAAAAAGAAAUUAAAAAAGCAACAAGAAUAUGAGAAGCAAAUGGAAGCUAUGACAAGAAAAGGGGGACAAGGACAAUCAGAACUAGAUAGCAAUUUCACAAUGUCGCAAGCCCAAAAGACUACAGGACAAAAGGCUCAAUUAGAACACGCUGUUGAUAUUAAAAUAGAAAAUUUUACUAUAUCUGCUAAGGGGAAUGAUCUUUUUGUCAAUGCAAACUUAUUAAUAGCAAAUGGUCGACGUUAUGGCUUAGUUGGCCCCAACGGUCAUGGUAAAACAACGUUAUUAAGGCAUAUAUCAUCAAGAGCUUUUGCAAUACCCCCUAAUAUAGAUGUUUUACUAUGUGAACAAGAAGUGGUUGCUGAUGAGCACACUGCUGUUGAAACUAUACUUAUGGCAGAUGUUAAAAGAACUAAACUUUUAAACCAAUGCAAAGAGCUUGAGGCUAAAUUAGAAAAAAGCAGCAGUUUAGAUAUUCAAGAUCAAUUAAAUGAGGUGUAUGUUGAACUGAAAGCAAUAGGGGCAGACUCAGCAGAGCCUAGAGCAAGAAGAAUUUUAGCUGGUUUAGGAUUUUCUGUAGAAAUGCAAAAUAGAGCGACAAAAAAUUUUUCAGGUGGUUGGCGAAUGCGUGUUUCAUUAGCAAGAGCUUUAUAUUUGGAGCCAACACUGUUAAUGCUUGAUGAACCUACGAACCACUUAGAUUUGAAUGCGGUUAUCUGGCUGGAUAACUACUUACAAGGUUGGAAAAAAACGUUAUUGAUUGUAUCUCACGAUCAAAGUUUCUUAGAUAAUGUUUGUAACGAAAUCAUUCAUUUGGAUAACAAAAAGUUAUACUAUUACAAAGGAAACUAUUCAAUGUUCAAAAAAAUGUAUGUGCAAAAACGAAAGGAAAUGAUUAAGGAAUAUGAGAAACAAGAGAAGCGAAUCAAGGAGAUGAAAGCACAUGGUCAAUCUAAGAAAGCUGCGGAAAAAAAACAAAAGGAGACUUUAACCAGAAAACAGGAAAAAGGAAAGAACAAAGUUCAAAAGAACGAUGACGAAGAUGGCCCGAUAGAGCUUUUAUCAAAACCUAAAGAUUAUAUUGUGAAGUUCCGUUUCCCAGAACCAUCCCAACUUCAACCCCCAAUUUUAGGUUUACAUGAUGUUACAUUUAAUUUCGAAGGUCAAAAACCUCUAUUUAUUAAUGCAGAAUUCGGUAUUGAUUUGAGUAGCAGAGUUGCUAUUGUUGGUCCAAAUGGUGUGGGAAAAUCUACAUUUUUAAAAAUGUUAGUAGGAGAGCUCAGUCCCAUAAAGGGUGAAUUGAGGAAAAAUCAUCGUUUGCGUAUAGGAAGAUUUGAUCAGCAUUCAGGUGAACAUUUAACAGCUGAAGAGUCAGCAGCCGAAUAUUUACAACGUUUAUUUGAUUUACCGCAUGAAAAGGCUCGAAAAGCUUUGGGAUCUUUUGGACUAGUUAGCCAUGCUCACACAAUCAAAAUGAAAGAUUUAUCUGGUGGACAAAAAGCUCGAGUUGCUCUAGCUGAACUUUGUUUAAGUGGUCCAGAUGUUUUGAUUCUUGAUGAACCUACAAAUAAUUUAGAUAUUGAAUCAAUUGAUGCUUUAGCUGAGGCAAUAAAUGAAUAUGAAGGCGGCGUUAUAAUUGUUUCACAUGAUGAACGUCUAAUUAGAGAAACCGGUUGCACGUUAUAUGUUAUAGAAGAUCAAACAAUAAAUGAAAUUGAUGGAGAUUUUGAUGAUUAUCGUAAGGAAGUAUUGGAAAGUCUUGGUGAAGUUGUAAAUAAUCCUAGUGUCGUUGCAAACGCAGCUGUGUUACAAUAAAAAAAAAUAAUAAUUAUAUAAUUGUCUUACAUUUUCCGUUCAAUAUCUUAUGACGAAAAAACAGACAAGAUUUAAAUUUGUUCUAUUUUGUAGUUAAUUUCGUUAUUGUAUUUAAUUUCGUUCAUUUUAUUAAUAAAACAGCUGUUUGGCUAAAAUUUUUCUAA